AUGGCUCCGUCUCUAUCAGCAUCACUUUCGUUAGCUUGUAAUGCUGUCAACGCUAGGGCGAGUUCUCCAUCAGCAGAAUGCUCCGUAUUGCGAUCUCCUUCUUCGCGUUUGUCCUCGUCAAGAAUGAUUUAUGCAGCCAACCCAUCUCUUGCUUGCUGGUCAUGUCCACCUUUUGCUCCUCGAGUGCUCUCAAAAUAA